UGUGUGACCUUCUUCAGAGGAGUUGUACAGGUUGGAGAGACGCCGCAAAGCGUGGAAGCAGCAGUGGUAGUUGUCAAUCUUGGUUUUAAUAUUCGCUUUUUUUAAAAUAAAGGACAAACAUGGCUGACAUAGAGAAGGGAAAGAAGGCAUUUGUCCAGAAGUGUGCACAGUGUCACACAGUUGAAAAGAAUGGAAAACACAAGGUUGGCCCAAACCUGUGGGGUCUGUUUGGCCGCAAAACAGGACAAGCAGAAGGCUUUUCUUAUACAGAGGCAAACAAGAACAAAGGUAUCACCUGGGGAGAAGAUACACUCAUGAUCUACUUGGAAAACCCAAAGAAAUAUAUUCCAGGAACUAAAAUGAUUUUUGCUGGCAUCAAGAAGAAGAAUGAGCGUGCUGACUUAAUUGCGUAUUUGAAAAAGGCAACAGCCGAGUAGAAUGUGUAAUCUAAUUUAAUUUCCAUGUACAGAUUGCUGUAAUGUGCUGUCCCUUCGUAAAUAUUAUGCGAUUAGCAUAACUUUUAAACUGUUGAGGCCUUGUGUCAUUCUUGGCAUCUUGCAAUGAUCAUUUUGUUGCUGGAACCUCAAAUAAACAAUUUUAUGCUCAA